UGUGUGAAUGUGGAUGGCGUGCGGUGGAAAAGGCUGAUGACUUUUUAUUAGACGUCGGGCACCCAGCCCAUUGGCGGCCGAGCAACCUUGACGGAAGUUGUGCAGGAUGAGAAAGGUUUCCGCAUGAUAACAUGAGCAGGAAAUUCCUCUUGGAGGAAAGAACACUGCCGACGGAUGGCGAAUUUCAUGGAGUUUUUUCACAAGAGAAAGACCUUUCGGCCGAAGAAGAAGUUUGAGCCUGGGACACUGAGGUACUCGCUCCACAAGCAGGCUCAGGCAUCUCUGAAUUCCGGCCUUAAUCUGAGAGAGGCCGUCAAAGUUCCGCCCGGAGAAUCUGUCAAUGAUUGGCUAGCUGUUCAUGUGGUGGAUUUUUUCAAUCGGAUAAAUCUCAUCUAUGGCACUGUCACAGAUUAUUGCUCUGAGGAGACAUGUCCUACCAUGUCAGGUGGUCCAAAGUACGAAUACCGAUGGGCAGACGGGGUGGAGUACAAGAAACCGACGGCACUCCCUGCUCCCAAGUAUGUCUCACUGUUGAUGGAUUGGACUGAAUCGCAGAUCAAUAAUGAAGAGAUAUUCCCCGUCAAAAUUGAUGUUCCUUUUCCAAAAUCAUUUUUACCAACAUGCAAAAAGAUUUUGACACGACUCUUUCGAGUGUUUGUUCACGUUUACAUCCAUCAUUUUGAACGUUUAGUGUCCAUAGGCGCUGAAGCUCAUGUGAAUAUGUGUUACAAACAUUUUUAUUAUUUUGUGACGGAGUUUGAUUUAGUGAGUCAAAAAGAAUUAGAACCUCUAGCAGAAAUGACGAGCAAGAUGUGCAAAAGUCAAAUGAGAAGAUAGUUCUAAGUUUAGCGAAAGUAAUCUGACAUUCGAGAUUAUUACUUAUUGUUUUAUUGUGAGAAGUGCUGGUUCUUGGUUUGAUUUUGGAGAAGUUUAGAAGAAAGUGAAUUUUAAACCGGUUAAAUGUGCUAAUUCCGCAUUCAUAUCCUUCAGAAGACUUGAUAGAUUAAGAAAAAUUGAGUGCAAAAAAUAUCAAAUUACUUUCUUGCGAAACAAAAGCUUUAAAGAUGCGAGUGAAUUCAGUAAAAUUUUAUUAUUCGUAAAUAUUUAAAUAAGUUUUCAAGGACUGUAUUCUAUGCAAAAAAAAAUCGUAUUUAAUAAUUCAAGUUAACGUAUGUAAAACAGUAUAUGAAUGUGAGUUUAAUUAUAUAUAUAUUGUUAUUGAAAAAACAUGCAAUGUAUUCUACUUCGUUUGUGUAUUAUAAUGUUUUGUUGCACUUUAUUGUAAGACUACAUCAUGUUUUUUAAUGCUUGUUAGCUUUGUAGAGUUUUCAGAGCAUUAAAAACACAUUUCCAAUUUAAGGUAACGGAGAAAAGUAUGAAAUUUAGAGUAAAAAUAUAUAAGUUGUAUGCAUAAAAUUUAUAUUAAAUCGAGACAUAUAUUCAAAUAAUUAGAAUUGCACAUUAGUAGUCAUUGAAAAUUUUGAACUUAUUUUGUUGAUAUAUUAUGCUUUGUUUUUUGUGUACAGUUUUAAGUGAAUGAUUUUAAUUUUGUUUCAUGAAUUGUUCAAGUGUUCUUGGAAAGACGUUUACUUUUUGAGCUUAUUCAUGUAUGAGAUUUUAGCAAAGUAAAGUGUUGUGUUUUGGAGUUAAAUUACUACUUUGAAUACAUAUGUUAUUUUUCCAGGAGAAAAAUUUUAUCAAUUUGUUCACACUUAACAUUUUUACAAUGUUCAGCAUUUUAUUAAGAAUAUAUCAAUUUCUCCAAGCUUCUAUGAACAUGUUUGUUAAUUUAUUUUUGUUGGAAAUUUUAUUUUUUAAAAGAAUUAUGUUUAACUUGACAAUCAAUAUUCAAAUAAUUUAUUUGUAAAUUUUAUUGUGAAUCCAAUUAUUAAGUUAUAUGUAAAUAAAACACCA